AUGCCGUUCGGUCAAAUCGUGAUAGGACCCCCAGGAUCAGGUAAAUCGACCUAUUCUCACGGUUGCAUACAGUUUUUUAACGCUAUUGGACGUCAUGCUCAGGUGGUGAACAUGGACCCUGCAAACGACAGUUUGCCCUAUCCGUGCGCUGUGGAUAUCCGAGACUUCAUCACUUUGGAGGAAAUCAUGGCAGAGCAACAAUUGGGACCCAAUGGGGGCCUGAUGUACGCCCUGGAAUCCGUUGACAAAUCCGUGGAUUUGUUCAUAUUACAGGUAAAGUCAUUGGUACAAGACGAAAGUGCAUACGUGGUGUUCGACUGUCCCGGCCAAGUUGAGCUCUUCACACACCAUUCCGCACUGUUUCGGAUCUUCAAGCGUCUAGAGCGUGAGCUGGAUCUUCGACUCUGUGUGGUCAACUUGAUAGAUUCUGUGCAUCUCACUUCUCCCUCUCAGUAUGUCUCGAUUCUGCUUUUGGCGCUUCGAUCCAUGCUCAUGCUAGACCUUCCGCACGUAAAUGUGCUGUCGAAGAUCGACAUGGUCAAAUCGUAUGGUCCAUUACCAAUGCGUCUUGAUUACUACACGGAAGCACAAGAAUUGGAAUAUUUACAACCCUUUGUGGAACAAGAGAGUUCUAGCGUCCUAAGCAAAAAAUACGCACGGCUCACCCAGACUAUUGGGGAACUUGUAUCAGAUUUCAAUCUGGUGUCUUUCGAAGUUUUAUGUGUUGAUGACAAAAGAAGCAUGAUUUCGCUUCAAAGUGUCAUUGACAAGGCAAAUGGCUACAUUUUCGGUGCGUCCGAAGUCGGUGGUGAUACAGUAUGGGCCGAAGCCUCCAGACAGGGUGCUGCUUUGGUCGCUGACGAUGUUCAAGAGCGCUGGAUUGACAACAAAGAGGCGUACGAUAAACAAGAACAAGAACAGAGGGAAAAACAGCUCCAGGAGCAAAAACUCAAUGACCAGGAAAUCAAUGUCGAUGAAGAAGACGAGUGGGAAAACGCACUGAAGAACUGGGAAAGCGAGCACGGUGCAAAGUAUGCGAAAUAA